GGAGAAAUGAGAUCUUCGCAGUCGGUCGUUGCUGUGUUACAUUUGAGCCCAUCUUUGCAGUCGCUGAUCAACAAAUACCAACCCUUGUUUACGGAUGACAGCAGCCAAUAUGGGUUUUGCGAUUGGAUCGAGCACACCAUCCCGCUAACUCGCCAACCGUAUCGGCCCCAUGGACCUCGAAGGAUACCAAUCCAUCUGGAGGCUGAGGUGAACAGGCAAGUGCAGGAAAUGCUGGACGCGGGCGUGAUUGAGGAGGCACAUAGCCCGUACAACUCUCCUGUGGUCUUAGUGAAGAAGACGAAUGGGAAGUACCGAUUCUGUGUCGACUUCCGAAGACUGAAUGAAAUUUCCUUGACUCGCUUCGUUCCAGUUCCAUCAGUUGCUGACAUUUUUGAUCGGCUGCAGCAGUCGAGGAUAUUCACGGUCCUGGACUUGAGAUCAGGAUACUGGCAACUGGCAAUAAAACAGGAAGAUCGAGAGAAGACGGCGUUUACCGUUGGUGAGAAACAGUACCAGUUUAAGAGGAUGCCCUUUGGAUUAUCAGGAGCCCCGUUUACCUUCCGACGUCUAAUGCUGCGAUUGCUGAGUGAAUUGGAAAACGUGGUUGUGUACGGGGAUGAUAUCGUGGUGUAUAGCCAAUCAGAAGCGGAACAUAUCCAUCAUCUCGCGGCAGUUCUGGAACGCAUUCAGCAGUCGGGACUUCGUAUAAAUGGACCAAAGUCCCAGAUCGGAAAGACCUGUGUCACCUUACUGGGCCAUAAAGUGGGACAAGGCGAACUGAAACCGCUACCUGAGAAGAUAAUGACGAUACAAGGCAGCCCAGUUCCCACCUCGAAACGCACUCUCCGUACAUUCCUGGGCCGCGCCGGGUACUACAGCAAAUUCGUCAAGGAUUUUAACACCUUGGCCUCACCCUUGUACGAGCUGUUGAAACAAGACAGGAAAUUCACUUGGAAUGCAGAAGCUCAACGAGCCUUUGAUCAGAUUCUACAGGAAAUGGGAAGGCAGGAGUUGACCCUGAAAUUGCCCAUUGCUGGUGAGGUGUUCACGGUAGCCACUGACGCCAGCGAUGUCGGGAUCGGUGCGGUGUUGAAACAAAACCAUGGGACGAUUGAGUAUGCCUGCCGAACUUUGACACCUGCGGAACGCAGAUACUCAACCAUAGAGAAAGAAUGUCUCGCAAUUGUCUGGGCGUUAGAUAAAUGGCGGCCAUAUCUCCUGGGUCAGCGAUUUCACGUCGAAACAGACCACAGACCGUUGGAGUGGAUUAAGUCUGCCAAAGACCCCAGAGGAAAGCUGGCGAGAUGGGCAUUGCGCCUACAAGAGUAUGAUUUCACGAUAAAACACGUGCCGGGGAGGGAAAAUCAGACGGCGGAUUUCUUGUCACGCAUGAUAGAUGAUGAUGACCUGCCGAGCGUAGCUUUCGGUAUUAACGGUAUACUGUGCGAGCAGGAUCCAGAACGGUUGGCAACUGAGCAACGUAGUGACAAACUCCUGCGCAAGUUGAUCACCGCGCGAUUAGCUGGUCAGACAAACUUCAACAAAAACCAACUUAAGCAGCUGGGACCGUUUGCAAAAGACCUGGGAAAGCUGCAAGUGAACGAAGCAGGGAUCUUAAUGUGGAUACCAGGAGGUAGCAACCCUUCGGUGCCAGUCAUUCCAAUGAAACGAAGACGGAAUCUGGUAGUUUCUUGUCACGAGAUGGCGCACACAGGUUGUUCCAGGACCUACGAUCUGCUGAAACAACGCGCGUAUUGGCCGGGGAUGAAAAGGGACGUUGAGAAGUGCGUGCUUUCGUGCAGACAAUGUCAGCUCAUGAAAACGGAUUGCCGAGGAAUGCAGCAGCAAACGAUGACGAUCCCGGUCUCGGAAAUUGGUGAACUUUGGUCGGUCGACGUGAUGGGGCCGUUUCCAUUGACCAGGCGUGGCAACCAGUACAUUUUAUUGAUGACGGAGCACUUCACGCGAUGGAUUGAGGCGACAGGAAUCCCGGAUCAACGGGCUAGCACCGUUACCCAUGCUGUCAUGAAUCACUUGGUAGCGGCUCACGGAAUCCCAAAGGCCAUAUUAACAGACCAAGGGCCGUGCUUCGAGAGUGAAGAAUUCCGGAACUGUUUGGAGAAACUUGGCAUUAAGAAAUUGCGCACCACCCCAUACCACCCGCAAACAAAUGGCCUGACGGAACGUAACAAUAGAACAAUCAAGGAGUGGAUAGCAGCAAAAGGUGGAGACUGGGAGGAAGCGUUGCCGCUACUGUUGCUGGCCCAUCGAGCAACCAAACAGGCUUCCACAAAGAAAUCACCAUUCCAUUUGAUGUACGGUCGACAACCUCGUCUACCUGUGGACCUAGAGAUUGGAAUGUGGCCAACUUGCCGUAUAUCUCCCGAGGAGACACGGAAUAACCGGAAGACCGCCAACCGCAACCUACAGGCGACUCAGGCGCGGAGGAUGGCGAAGUUCCAGACCAGCAAAGGUGGAAGGAAUAUCGAGUUUCAGAUUGGUUCGAAAGUGAAGUACAGGGACCAUCAACGCUAUCCCACUUGCGGCCCAGGGGAGAGGAAACUCCUAGCGAAGUGGAAAGGACCGUACGAGGUAGUCGACCGGCGAGGCCCAGUGUAUACAAUCGCUCGGCAAGGUGAAUCGCGGAGGGUGAAUGCCGGCGAGCUGAGGAAGUGGUACGAAUUGGAGGAGGAAACACGCUCAUACAGUGAACAUCCCCGGCGGUCAGAAAGACUCCGACGGAAGGCAGCUGACGCGAGUCCUUUGGAGGGGGAGGAGUGUGGUGGAUUAAAGGUAGAUACUACUGCGCCGGGUAUAAGUAGUGUGGUGGUGCAAGAUGACACACCAACAGCGAGCCCUGCCGACUUCCCCAAAGUUGAAGAUGACAUCAGGAUUACAGUUCCAUGCGCACGAGGAGUGAACACAGAGGCAAGCACCAGUUGGGGAACACUCCAUGGAGAUCACGCAGAUGAGCGGACGCCUCCAAGGUAUGAACGAACACACCUAGUGUAAGCCACUUUAGCAAUAAACAAGUUACCGCCUGCCCCUUGGGUUCUAACAUUUGGUGCCGUGACCUCGCAAGUCAUGAAGAUUCCCUGGCCGGAACCAUUUGAAGACGGGGAUGUGAAGGCGUUUUUGGAGGAUUUCGAGGAGGUGGCAGAGGCGGUAGGACUGAAGACGGACCGGGCGAAGAUGGCGGCCCUGCGGAGUCUCCUCAAGGGCAGGGCGAAGGCGGUUCUGGAGGCGGCGCGAAGAGGUCCGGUCAAGUUGGAGUGGACCACCGCGAAGGAAGCGUUGCUCUCUGGCCUGGACACGCCAGCGGACCGCCAGGAGGCGAUGCGACGGUUCAAGGCGUCGCGGCUUGGUGCUGGGACGGAUCCCCUCGUGUUUGCGGUGCACCUCAGGAGCUUGUUGGACCGCGCCUUGCCGGGGUUGGAUGGGCCGUCAAAGACGCAGUUGCUGGUGGAUCAGUUUUUGGCCGGCCUCCCACAGCCAACCGCGGAGCGCGUUCGGAUUGCGAAUGCUACUCGGAAGAUGCAAUUGGAGGAGUUGGCGCAAGUUACUCGAGACCUGGGCGACGCACCACUAGCUGCGCUGAAGGAAGAGCCUCAUGAGAAUGUGGAACGGAUGGACAAAUUGGAACGGAUGAUGGAACAGCUUACGGAAGACAUCAAUGGGCUUCGCGUUCAGCGUUAUCGGGUGCGCACAAAGGGAUGUUGCUUCAUCUGCGGGAAACCGGGGCACUGGAAGAGACAAUGUCCGCAGAGGCGUGGUGUUACUCGUGUGUCGAAUAAACGUGUGCAACCUUAUUUUUCUUUUCGGAUCGAGGAUUGUGUACUUGGGGCGUUGAGCAGGAGUGCGGUUGAAGCAAUGGUGGAAGUAGACGGAACGAUGGAAAGGUGUCUGAUCGAUACGGGUGCCGC